UUCUCAAAAACACAAAAUCAUUCCAUACUCUCUCUUUCUCUCUCAAGAAAACAAAACUAAGGAGAGGAAGAAGAAGAUCAUGUCAGGCGUGUGGGUGUUCAAGAACGGAGUGAUAAGACUUGUGGAGAACCCUAACCAGUCAGGAUCCGACACACACAGCCGAAGGAAAGUGAUGGUCUAUUUACCGACAGGAGAAGUUGUCUCAUCUUACUCGACGCUCGAGCAGAUCCUCCAGAGUCUUGGAUGGGAGAGGUACUUUGGCGGCGACACAGAUCUCCUCCAAUUCCACAAACGCUCCUCCAUUGAUCUCAUUUCUCUCCCUAGAGAUUUCACCAAAUUCAACUCCGUUUACAUGUACGAUAUCGUCGUCAAGAACCCUAGUUACUUCCAUGUCCGAGACUCCCAUUGAUUUUUCUUUUGUGUUUUUUGUGUCUUUUGUGUGUGUUGUUCGGUUGUUUUAUUAUUUAGAGUUUGUUGGGUUUUGUUUUUAGUUGCAUGUGCAUGUUUUAUUUGUUGUGGACGUUGGAAGUUGUGUUACGUAAUUGUGGUUUGAUG